GGACAGGCUGCAUUGCAGGACAGCCCUGGUAGGAAGGGUUGGCCCUGUGUGGGCAGGGCUUUGAGUUAAGCUUAAUUACUCCUCCAAAGCUCAGCUACUUAAUACUACACAAGUAGAAAUCUAUCACCAGACUCUAGACCAUCCUCCUUUUUCUUUCAUAUUCUUGCCUACGUGGACAGUUAGCACUUCCGCAACUCUGCUGCUGCCAUGAUUUGUGCCCGGGCCACACUGGGGCCACCAAGGCUUGACUGCAACCAGCACAACCACCCAGAGGAGAAAAGUGCCGCCAAGCUCCUGGACAAGACCCCGUUCUCGGUCAGUAACCCAAACCCGCUGCUUCCUUCGCCCGCGAGCCUCCAGCUGGCUCAGCUGCAAGCUCAGCUCACCCUCCACCGGCUAAAGCUGGCACAGACGGCCGUCACCAACAACACCGCGGCUGCCACCGUCCUGAACCAAGUCCUCUCCAAAGUGGCCAUGUCCCAGCCUCUCUUCAACCAGUUGAGGCAUCCGUCCGUGAUCAGCUCCCCCCAUGGCCACACCGGGGUGCCCCAACACGCAGCAACCAUGCCCAGUGCCCAUUUUCCCUCGAAUGCAGUUGCCUUCUCACCCCCGGGCCAGACACGAGGCCCAGGGCCCUCUGUGAGCCUUCCCAGCCAGCCCCCCAAUGCCAUUGUGAUGCACCCUUUCAGCGGGGUCAUGCCUCAGACCCCUGCCCAGCCAGCAGUCAUCUUGGGCAUUGGCAAGACUGGGCCCACCCCUGCUGCAGCGGGAUUCUACGAGUAUGGCAAAGCCAACUCGGGCCAGGCAUAUGGCUCUGAAACUGAUGGUCAGCCCAGUUUCCUGCCAGCCUCGGCCCCUACCUCGGGCAGCGUGACCUAUGAAGGGUACUACAGCCACUCAGGGCAAGAUGGCCAAGCCGCCUUUCCCAAGGACUUCUACGGACCCAACGCCCAAGGGUCGCAGGUGGCAGGUGGAUUUGCGGCUGAGCCGGCCGGGGGCUUGAAAGGCGAGGUAGGUCCGCUGCUUCAGGGUCCGAACAGCCAGUGGGAGAGCCCCCAUGGAUUCUCUGGCCAAAGCAAGCCCGAUCUUAGAGCAGUCCCCAACCUGUGGCCUCCAGCCCCCAGCCAGCCCUAUGAGCUGUAUGACCCCGAGGAGCCCACCCCAGACAGGACCCCUCCUUCCUUUGGGGGUCGGCUCAACAACAGCAAACAGGGUUUCAGCGGAGCCUGGCGGCGGGCCACGGAGGAGCAGGCGACGCUGUCCGUGCGGCCCUUGCAGGCGCACGAGCUGAAUGACUUUCACGGGGUGGCCCCCCUCCACCUGCCCCACGUCUGUAGCAUCUGCGACAAGAAGGUGUUUGAUCUGAAGGACUGGGAGCUGCAUGUAAAAGGGAAACUACAUGCUCAGAAAUGCCUGCUCUUCUCUGAAAACGCCGCUGUCCGGUGUGUACUCGGUUCAGCAGAGGGAACACUGUGUGCCCCUCCCAACAGCACAGCCGUUUAUAACCCUGCGGGGAACGAAGAUUACUCCUCAAAUCUUGGAACAUCAUAUGCGGCCAUUCCUGCGAGGUCAUUUACUCAGUCAAAUCCCGCAUUCCCUUCAGCUUCCGCAGGGACAAAUUUUGCGCAGCGGAAAACGAGUGCUGGCCGCGUGGUACACAUCUGCAAUCUGCCGGAGGGAAGCUGCACAGAGAAUGACGUCAUUAACCUGGGGCUGCCCUUUGGAAAGGUCACUAAUUACAUCCUCAUGAAGUCUACUAAUCAGGCCUUUUUAGAGAUGGCUUACACAGAGGCUGCCCAGGCCAUGGUCCAGUAUUACCAAGAAAAAUCUGCCAUGAUCAAUGGUGAGAAGUUGCUCAUUCGGAUGUCCAAGAGAUACAAGGAAUUGCAGCUGAAGAAACCUGGGAAAACCGUGGCUGCCAUCAUCCAGGACAUCCAUUCCCAGAGGGAGAGGGACAUGUUCCGGGAAGCAGACAGAUACGGCCCAGAAAGGCCAAGAUCUCGAAGUCCGGUGAGCCGGUCAUUGUCCCCGAGGUCCCACACUCCGAGCUUCACCUCCUGCAGCUCUUCUCACAGCCCCCCGGGCCCCUCUCGGGCCGACUGGGGCAACGGCCGGGACUCGUGGGAGCAUUCUCCCUACGCCAGGAGGGAGGAAGAGCGAGGCCCGGUCCCCUGGAGGGAGAACGGGGAGGACAAGAGGGACAGGACGGACACGUGGGCGCAUGACCGCAAACAGUACCCCCGGCAACUGGACAAGGCCGAGUUAGAUGAGCGACUGGAAGGAGGGAGGGGCUACCGAGAAAGGCACCCGAGGUCUGGGUCCCCCAACCCGCUCCACUCCGCGUCGGGAUACAAAAGCCGCGAAGACGGCUACUACCGCAAAGAGCCCAAGGGAAAAUCGGACAAGUAUCUGAAGCAGCCGCAGGAUGUCCCUGGGAGGUCCAGGAGGAAAGAUGAGGCCAGGCUGCGGGAAGGCAGACACCCCCCGCCUGACGACUCGGGCAGGGAAGAUGGGCUGGAACCGAAGGGCACCAAGUCGAAGCAGAGUGAGAAAACCAGAACCAAGAGACCUGAUAGAGACCAAGACGGAGCUGAUAGGAAAGAAAGCAGAACGGCAGAGAAUGAGGCUGAAAAAGAGGAACAGGACAGCAUGGAAGAGAGACCCCUGCAUCUGGGCAGGCAGGAGAAAGAAACAGAGUCCUCUGAUGCAGAGAACAAAAAGGCAAGGAAGGAGCAAGAUUCGGAAAGUGGAAGUGAGGCAGAGGGGGAGAGCUGGUGCCCCACGAACAUGGAGGAGCUGGUUACAGUGGACGAGGUGGGGGAGGAAGAAGAUUUUAUCAUGGAACCGGACAUCCCAGAACUGGAGGAAAUCGUGCCCAUUGAACAGAAGGACAAAAUCUGUCCAGAAAUAUGUCCCUGUGUGGCAACCACCUUAGACCUGGACUUAGCCAAAGAGUUCACCAAGGAGGGAGUCAAGACCAUAGGUGAUGAGGCUGCGGAAAUCAGCCUCAAGUCGCCCAAAGAACUGCCUUCUGCUUCCGUGAGCUGUCCCAGUGACAUGGACAUGGAAACGCCUGGCCUAAAUCUGGAUGUUGAGCGGAAGCCAGCUGAAUGUGAGACGGGCCUCUCGCUGGAGGGCUCAGAUUGCUACGAGAAGCAGGCAAAGGGAGGAGAGAGCUCAGAUGUUCGUCUGGCCCCUACACUCCAGCAAAUGGCUUCCCCCAGGCCAGCAGAGGAGAGGGCCUGGCAGCCUGGCCCCUUUCUUGAUGACUGUACGGCCAGGGAGACCCUGGAAGAUGGGGCUGGUGAAGACAGCCCCUUGGAGGAGAAAGCCAGCCCCCUCACCGAAACAGACCUCCAAAGCCAGCCUUGCCAAGGAGUGUCGACCCAGGAUAACUCCAGGUACAUGGAAAUGAAGUCUCUGGACGUGAGGUCCCUGGAAUACACUGAAGUGGAGCUGAAACAGCCCCUUUCUUUGCCUUCCUGGGAACCUGAGGAUGUGUUCAGUGAGCUUAGCAUCCCUCUAGGGGUGGAGUUCGUGGUGCCCAGGACCGGCUUUUAUUGCAAACUGUGCGGGCUGUUCUACACGAGCGAGGAGAUGGCAAAGAUAAGUCACUGUCGCAGUGCUGUCCACUACCGGAACUUACAGGGCAGCCGACUGCACUAUGUUCUGGGCCUCCGGGCCAAACCCCCAGGCAGACUCGCCUCCCCACAGCAGACCAUUCCUGUGGUCCCAGGCAUGUCAGGUCCAGAUGCUGGCUAAGCCCCUUACGCCCACUAACUGCAGUUCAGGUUGCCCUGGCGCACCUGUCCUGAAGAUGGGAGCCUCCAUCGCAGGCUACCCAGAUAGGGUUUCUUCCUAUCUGGGAAGUGGCCUUGACAGAAUGUCUCCGUCCACCCAGUCACACCCACUGCACCACGCGCCAUGUUGCACGUGUGAAAAGGGAGAAAUUCAGCCCCAAGUAGCAGGUGCUGGCUGACACCUAAGUCAGGCAGCUUGUAAACCUAGCAUCCCCAGGAGGCCUUGAGGUAGGAGUCGGGUUGUUCUUUGAGGCAGGGUAGAAGGAACCUUCAUUUUCUCUCUGCAAUCCUGGCUGUACCCAGUGCUGGUCAUGCUCUGAGAGAACCCACCAGAGUGAUCGGAAUAGCAGGUAGAGUCAGCGCUAGAUGGGAAAACGAGACGCCUGCUCGGUCCAGUUGGUGGCACCCCCACCCGCAUGCCUUCCCUGAGACCAGGUGGAGGAGAAACCCGGCCCUCCAUCAGCAGCCUGGCCCGGAGAGAUCCACGGUCUGCCCUUCUCCCCGUCAGUCUCACCCACCACUCAGAGCCAACCACAGUCUCUCCUAAAGACAGCAGGUCGACCCCGUCACCUCAAGCACAUCAUCUUGUCUGACCCUCAGAAUCAACCCUGGAGGAGGAAGGAGGAAGCUCUCAUUUCUCCCAUUUAACAGUUUCGGGUCUGGAGCUGGGAAAAGAUGAGUGACUUUCCCCAAAUCAGACAGCUGGUGCCACUAGUGACAAAGGGCGACAUUGCUGAGUGUCUGUUCCAUGCCAGGCAGCGUGCUCAAUCGUUUAUGGUACCUCUCUUGGACUUCACAGCAACCUUAUGCAGUAGUUACUAUAUUACUCACACUUUACAGUCGAAGAUAUUGGAGAACUUGCCUGCUGAAAGCUAGCAUUUGAACCCAGGUUAUCUGAUGGCAAAGCCCACACACCUGACCACUGCGGGGGACUUAACCCUGCUGACUCUUAAUCCAGUGCUUUUUGCACUGCCCUUGGCUGCCCCACCCAUCAGAGGAUAUGCAGCUGGGGCACCAGGCAUUUUCCGGUUCCACCUCACUGCAUUGAAUCCAGAAUCCCAGGAGCAGCCCGACAGGCUCGCCGAGUCGGGCUGGGGGCCAGCGGGAGCAGUGAGUGCCCUGGGGCGGGGCGGAGGUAGCCCCCCACCGUGGAACCUCCGAGACACUGAGGCUGCCAGCCUGUCUGCUGGAGUCUCCAACGUCAGGCUGCGGUUUUGUCUUUCACAGUCGCUAUAGGACAGAACUGCUCCCCUCCCCACCCUUCCAGCCUCCCUCUCGUCCCUUGGCCUUUUACACGUGAUGUGCUGCCUGGAUACUAGAAAUCUUUCUGGAAAACAAGUAGAGUUGUUGUGAGCAUUAAAUGAGUUUAUAGAAGAAAAGCAGUUAGAAUAGCACUUGGUCUGGGAUAAGGCCUACGGAUGUGUUUGCUAUGGUUAGGUUCUGUACUUUCUUCCUUCUCUAUGGGUCAUUUGUGAACUAACAUAAAGGGGGUGGAGCUUAUCACUUAGCAUGAGUCCUGGAGCCCUGGAAACAUCUGGGGAGGAAGAAGAGGGGUCCCACCCACUGGGCAAGGUGAUAGGAGAGGGGGCCGAGGCACACCCCCCUUCCUCUCCUACCAGCUUACCACUCUCUCUCUCUCCCCCCGCCCCGUCUUUGUC